CCGCCCGCCGCUGCCGCCUCGCCCUUCCGCUUCCUGCCGGCGGUGUUUGGGGGUGGGGGGUUAAGGGUCGCGCGGGCCUUCCAGCCGGAAGAGAGGUGGCGAGCGGCAGUUCUCCAAAUGGCUUCUUUUGGGUGGAAGAGAAAGAUUGGUGAGAAAGUUUCAAAAGCUACUUCUCAGCAAUUUGAAGCAGAAGCUGCAGAUGACAAGGAUCUGGCUGAUGAUGAUGCUGCUAACUGGGUGCAUGCAACCAAGAGAAGAAAGAAAAUUCUUGUCGAAGACUGUGUAAAGAAAAGUAAGGAGCUGAAGGAUGAAGGUGCAAAUUUGGCAGAAAAGAGGAGGUACCGAGAGGCUAUUCAAAAGUGGGAUAAAGCACUUCAAUUAACUCCAGAGGAUGCUACGCUUUAUGAGAUGAAAUCACAGGUCCUGAUGUCUUUACAUGAAAUGUUCCCAGCAGUGCAUGCAGCAGAAAUGGCUGUGCAGAGAAACCCACGUUCCUGGGAUGCCUGGCAGACUUUGGGACGUGCCCAGCUUGGAUUAGGAGAGAUAGCACUGGCAAUCCGAAGUUUCCAGGUAUCCUUACACAUCUUUCCAAUGAACCCUGAAGUAUGGAAAGAGGACCUUUCCUGGGCAAGAAAACUACAUGAACAGCAGAAGGCAACAAAGACUGAGGCAGUGCAGGCACUGGCAAAAGAAAAAGAGCUUUCACAAGAAUCAAUCCCAGACUAUGACUUUGAAAGUGAUGAAAUUGUGGCAGUCUGUGCUGCUAUCGCAGAGAAGGAGAAAGCUCUUGCAGCAGCUAAAACGGUAGUGAUUGUGUCUGCUUCAGGCACAGUAGAGACUGUUACUGAGAAGGAGAAUUGUCCUACAGCUCCUGAUGAAACCCUUUUCAUCAGAGCCCGAUAGGGCAUCCUUAUGGGUUACCGUACUGGUUUAAGAAGUUAUGUUAUUUAUUGUAUUUGUCUUGCUUUGGUUUUGUUUUUCAAGCAGUGGGAGAGCCUACAAAAGUUAAAGAAUUGAAGUUUUUUUUCUUUUGUAAAUUGAAAAAGCAAUGACCUGAGUUGUUCCUUCCAUAUUUUUGGAGAAGAAAGCCAAGAGUGGAUUCUAAAAAUCUUAUGAACAAAUGUAAUAUUAAAAUGCUUAACUACAUUUAAUCUUUGUUUUUCAUAAUUUUACAAGUUAGUGUCUACAUUUUCCCAGUAAUUAAUAAGCUUUUAUUUAAACUGCAAAUAAAAAGGUAUUUUUUGAAAAUCUAUUCCAACCUGUAUGCAUUAACAUUAUUUUUCUUCCAUUUAAAGUCUGAACUGUUCUCUGUUAUCAGAAGUCUUUAGUUUCAUUAAGAAUACGUUUUUUAUGAGGAAGUUUCCUAGGAAAAAGAGAUGGAUUAUUAUUUUGCUUGUGUGUGUGUAAGAUAGAUCUGGCAUCUGAUUUGUAGUCAGAUGAUAUCAGUAGAAACCUUUAUGUUGCUUUCAUAGGUGAAUGGGUUAAACACUUUCUGAUUAGAUGAAAGGAAAUGCUUUACCAGAAAAGUCCCUGAAUGCUUAGGUAUUACUAAAUGUUUCACCAGAAGAAAGAACAUUCAGCUGAGACUGAAACUAGCCUUUCCUUAUCUUGAGUGCUGUGCUACACUCAUCACCAAAAGUGAAAUGGUGGGAUUUAAAAUAGGUAUGUCUGAAGUGUAUUAUGUUUAGCCCUUUCUUUCACAGUGAGGCUAAUCUGAUAAAGGGAGUCAAUUUGUUUUCCCGAUUUCUUAUGACCUGCCAUUUAAAGUAUGUUCUUAGUGAACCAGUUUUUCAGGACAGCAUUGCCUGAGUCUCCCUUUUUAUCCUCUUUGGAUUUUUGGAUGCUGUGGUGGGUAUUCACACUGUAUUAACUUAGAGGCAUAACGUAGGAGAUUUGCUUAAUGUUCGUCUUUCUUUAGGGGAAGGUAGCCGUUGGUUCUUCACACAGGCAGUUCAGAGAAACAAAAUCAGGCUGUUUCUUUGAUGUGCUCUGUGCUGAGACUGCUCUUUUUCAUUGUCUUGAAAAAUGGUAGAGAUGGUCACCUCCUAAGAGGAAUGAAAAAAAAGGUCAACUGAGGAAUUCCUGGAGAACUCAGGAUUGGGAACACAUCAUUUCUACUUGAUUUUGAUAAUAUUUUGCAUGAUAAAAACAUUUGAAUAAUAGUUUUGUAGACAAGUGAAACCUUUUGAAAUAAGUCAUCUUUGCAUUUUUCAUAUCUGCUUUCUAUUUUCAGAAUAACACAUUUUAAAAGGAAGUAAUGUUGCUUGAGAAGCAUAGUGAUUUUUCCAGUAGAAAGUGUAUUGUAGAAAAAUUAUUUAUCUUGGAUCAUGCUUUCAGUUGAAUAUCUUUAUUUAAGAGGACACUUACAGUCUUUGCAGAAAUUAUCCCUUUCAAAAACUUAAUUGCCAUGUUGUACUUACUAAGUUUUCAUUACUUUUUGCAAGGUUCUUCCUGAAUAUAUUUCUGUAUAUAUGUGAAUUUUUAGAUCGGUGCUUGCACCUGUACGCACAAAAAAUUUUACACUUUUUAACAUCUCCUGACUAUUUAAAAUAAUUACAGCAACUAAAAUAUAUUAAGAAAUGUAAAACAUCACCAUGCUAUAAUUUUAUUUGUUCAUUCACUUCAAAAGUAGAUCUUAAAUGCUUACUGAAUAGGCAUUUGAUUAAGAUACGGUUUGAUAGAUGGUUUAAAUUGUCCCAGUUGAAGAAUUUCUUAAUCUUAUUUUUCCUAACAAUUAAUACAAUCUAUUCAACCAUAGGAAGAGUUAGUAUGAGAAGCAUUUGGACAGAUUUCUUCAGAGACAUUCUCUGGCUAGAAAAGGAAGUAUGCGAGAAGCUGUAAGAUAUGUUUUCGUUUUGAAGGAGCUGGCUAUAAUCCAACACAUCUUUUCUUUCUUUGUGCUUUAUACUUGCGUCAGUGUUAUGUAUUUACUCAUACAGGAAGGACUGCCUCUGUCCUUUCACAGGUCCAUGUUAUCAUAGAAUCUGUUUCCACUGAAAUGAUUCAUAAAAUUCCUAUUGACUUCAGCACUACUGGGUCAAUCUAAUGGAGGGGUGUGCAUCUACACCGUCAGGCAGAACAGCCAUGCCGGGUUUGAGGGGUGGUUGUUUCCAUCCCCUGUACUAUUCUGAUUAGAUUAGGUUCUGAAUUCUAGGUAUUGUCCAGACUGUAGUGUUUUGUAGAGCACUGUAGAGCAGAUAAGUUCUUGUGACAAUGUUACUCUCAAACUUGGAAAAAGUUAAAAAAUUGAUGAUUUCAACAUUGUUUUUUGUACAGCAUGCCGUGUUUUGCAUGUAUGGGAUUUUCUGAAUCUGUUUGAAUAAAAUACUGACUCCUCUGCUGCUUA